AUGGCCUUGGCCAUCGCGCUCCUCCUCGCGGGGGUCCUGCUCCCCUGCUGGGGAGAGUUCGCGCUCUUUAAAAAGGGGUCUACAAAGGCAAACGGGGCGAGGUGCUCCCACCACUCUGAGUGCUUCAGUGACUGCUGUCUCAUCAGCUUGGACUCCGGCAGUGCUUUCUGUGCCCCUCGGGCCAGAAUAACCAUGACGUGCUUGCCCCAGACCAGGAGCGCCAUCAACAUCGUGUGUCCCUGCCAAGUAGGCCUGCGUUGCAGACACAAGGACCCAAGCUGUAGCCGUCGCUGCCAUUUGAUUUAGAGGAGGAUGCAGUCUGGUCACGAGCACCCUCCUCCCCCCCACCUCCUUGAGGGGCCUCAUCUUGCUCAAAAGACAUUAAAGUCACUUCCUGGCUCUGGCCUCUGUCUGUGCUUCCUGGGAGGGGGAACCAGAUAGGGAUUGUUCUGAAAGAAGAGACAUGAUAGAGCUUCCCAUGGGGUUUGGCCCUGUCUGGAAGCCUGGUGGUCUCAGGGGGAAACUGUGGGACGGGAGUGGGCUUGUGGGGGUAUGGGUGCUGGGGGAGGGCAGAGGGAUGGAUUGGAAUUUGGGGAUCAGUAGAUGCAAACUAUUAUGUAUAGAAUGAGUAGGCAACAAGGUCCUACUGUGAUAAAC